AUGCUUGAUGCUUUCGCCUCUUUACCGUCUUAUAUCCGCUAUGCGGAAUCAUACCUCCCCUUCCUCCGGGAAAGACUUUCUCAUGCGGAGGAACAACUUCGCGAGUUGAGGCGAUGGGUGCUGAGUACUGAUGUGCCGGUGAAGGAGGAGUGGUUCCCGUUGCCGUAUGUUCUGCAUGCGCCGUUGUUUAUGGUCGGGCAUUUGGUGCAGUUUGGGGAGUAUGUUCGCCUUCGGCGGGAGGAUAAAAAUAAGGAUGGGGUAGGGGGUGAAGAGGAGAAGGUUGGGGUCGAGAUUGUGGGCUUUUGUAUUGGGUUUUUGAGCGCUGCUGUGGCGGCCGCCGCGGGAGGGCUGGAUGGGUUGAAGGUUUGGGGCGCUGUUGGGAUAAGGUUGGCGAUGUUGCUCGGGGCGAUGGGGGAUGCGAUGGAGUGGGAGAGGAGGUUUACCUCUGUGACUGUGACGGGGAGUGAGAUGGAGUUGAAGGGGGUGUUGGAGGAGUUUGCUGAGACAUACAUCACCGUGCACUAUGACUCGAACCGCAGCACCGUCAUGACCCCCCGAAGCAGCCUCUCCCCCCUACUCCAAGCCCUCCACUCCGCCGGGUUCUCAGCAUCCCACAUCGACUUCAACGGCCGCUACCACUGGUCCGGACACAGUGAUACCCUCGACGCCCUCUACGCUCUCUGUGACGCCCACACCACCCUUCAGCUCCCGGACGCAUCGUAUCUCCGCCAUCAGACAUGGACCAACAUAACCGGCGAGCCUAUACACUCAGGACCUCUCCACCGCCUCGUCCUCCAAUCCGUCCUCUCCCAGCCUUGCAUGUGGUAUCAGACAUUCUCAUCCAUAUACUCCUCCCAUUUACAAUACACCAAUGCGAUCGUAAUUGAAUUCGGCCACGAACGAUGCAUUCCCCCGUCCUUCCUACGCAGCUUACGCAACCGUAUCAUCCACUUCGACGACCUACAGCUAGAUGUCUUCCCCCGCAUCGUUUCAUCACUCCAGCUGCCUCGCAUCUACGAUGACGACAUCGCAAUGAUCGGAAUGGCAGUUCGCGUCGCCAGCGCAGACGACCUCGACGAGUUCUGGCAGCUGCUCUGUGCCGGUAAAUCCCAGCACAGGGAACUCCCUCCGGAACGAUACAAGGACUACGAGACGCCGUGGCGGCCAGAUGCUACUACUCGGCCCUGGAUGGGAAACUUCAUCGCCGACAUCGACGCCUUCGAUCACAAGUUCUUCAAAAAGGUACCCCGCGAGGUCAUGGCGCAGGAUCCGCAGCAAAGGUUACUCCUGCAGGUGGCGUAUCAGGCGCUGGAACAAGCUGGGUACUUUUCCCAUAAUAGCAAAACCACCUCCACAAAAGAUAUAGGCUGCUACGUCUCCUGCUGCACAGUGGACUACGAACAUACCGUGAACUGCCACCCAGCCAGCGCCUACGCCGCCACAGGUCUCCUGCGCAGCUUCAUCGCCGGCAAGUUAAGUCACUACUUCGGCUGGCGUGGACCAGCACUCUGCAUCGAUACAGCGUGCUCCGGAUCAAUAGUCGCAUUGCACCAUGCGUGUCGGGCCAUCCUGAACGGUGAUUGCAAGGCCGCGUUGGUCGGCGGCGUCAACUGCAUCACUAGUCCGCUAGGAUUCGAUAACCUCAACGGUGCGUCGUUCCUCAGUCCUACGGGCCCCUGCAAACCCUUCGACGCCAAGGCGGACGGGUAUUGCCGCGGCGAAGGAGUCGCGGCAAUCUUCAUUAAGAGGAUGAGAGAUGCGCUUAGAGAUGGGGAUCAUGUUUUGGGGACUAUUGCCGGCACUGCAGUCGAGCAGAACGAUAAUUGUACGCCUGUCGUGGUGCCCCAUGCAGGGUCGUUGGCGGGCUUGUUUAGGAAGGUUAUGAGACGUGCGAGAAUUCAUCCAGGACAUGUGUCAGUCGUGGAGGCGCAUGGCACGGGUACGCAGGCGGGAGAUCCGGCGGAAUAUGCCAGUGUGAGCGAGGUUAUGGGGGGUGUACAAGGGAGGGGGAAGCUUUCGUUAGGGUCGGUGAAGGGGUUGGUUGGACAUACGGAGGGGGUGUCGGGGAUGGUGGCGCUGGUUAAGGUGCUGCUGAUGAUUCAUGAGGGGAGGAUUCCGCCGCAGCCCGGGUUUGAGACGUUGAAUCCAAACAUUAAGGCCGAUGAGAAGAUUGUAAUUCCGACGGAAUCGAAGAGUUGGGAGGCGGAGUAUCGCGUCGCGUUAAUUAAUAAUUAUGGGGCUUGUGGGUCGAAUGCCUCUGUUGUGGUUACGCAGGGUCCUAUGGAGAGAGGACAGGAUGGCGCUGUUCAUGGACGGGGUCUCUCGCUGCCGUUUAGGUUGUAUGGGCUGGAUGAGAAUAGGAUCCGUGAUUAUGCCCGACGACUCCGACAGUUUCUGCAGGGAAAAGCGCUGUCUUCACGGCAUGCUUCCUCACUGGCGAACAUCUCCUUCAGCGCCUGUCGCCAGUCAAAUCCUACGUUGGACUGCCAGCUUGUCUUCAGCUGCUCUUCGAUAGACGACCUGGAGGUACAACUAGCAUCUGUAGCCGACGGGAGGGACACACAUUUCAUGCGACUGAAAAGGCAAGUGUCCCCCAUCGUGCUUUGCUUCGGAGGCCAAGUAUCUACCUUUGUGGGAUUAGACCGCACCGUUUACGAAACCAUUCGCGUGUUUCGCGACCAUCUCGACAAUUGUGAUCGUCUCCUCAGGGGGUCUAACUAUCCUAGUCUCUAUCCCGGUAUCUUCGAGCGCAUCCCACUUACAGACCAUGUCAAGCUGCAAACUCAGCUCUUCUCGCUACAGUACGCAUGCGCGCGCUCUUGGAUGGACUGCGGGCGUGCCCGUUUCCGCUGUUGUCGGCCACAGCUUCGGCGAGCUAACAGCCAUGUGCGUGUCUGGAGUACUGUCUCUCGAAGAUGCAUUGACAUUAAUCGUCCGCCGUGCUCGUCUCAUCCGAGACAAAUGGGGCACAGAUCCCGGCGGGAUGAUCGCGGUUGAAGGCGAACGGGUGGAGAUCGACGCACUUCUAACAGAGUCUGCGAAGACCACACCCACCGACGUAGACCCAGCAGCGAUAGCUUGCUUCAAUGGCCCUCGUAGCUUCACUUUAGCUGGCCCGAUAGUGGCCAUAGAUGUAGUCCAGCAGACUCUCGCGACGCACCAUACGUUCAGUCGCCUGAGAUGGAAGCGACUAGAUGUCACCAAUGCCUUCCAUAGCACUUUGGUAGAGCCGCUAAUGUCUGAUCUGCACAACAUAACGCAGGACUUGACGCUCAGCGAGCCGAACAUCCACCUAGAACCCGCGACCGAGCAUCCAGUAUCCCGUCUGCCACCUAAAACCAUGCUGUUCAGCGUCUGGUCGCAAAAUACCCGUCCUGUAUCGGCUAGAAGCGGGCUCCGAAUCAACAAUUACGCUGAUGGUGUCAAUAUCACAGGGCAGAACGGUAUCCGCGACUUGACGGACGUCACGAUGGCGCUUUGGAAAGAGGGCGUGCCCACCAUAUACUGGGCGCACCACUUCACGCAGACCCCAGAUUACGGGAUUGUAUUGCUGCCACCGUAUCAGUUCGAGAAGAGUCGUCAUUGGAUGGAUAAUAAGCCGUUGCCGAUUAUCAGUCACCAGAAAACUCCUACGCCGAGUGAUCAGGAACUUGAGUUCCUCGGCUACCAAGACAAGGACCAGGUAAUCGCCAGGUUCCGCGUCAACACUGCCCACCCUAAGUACAGAGAAGCACUAUCUGGUCAUGUUGGGGCGCAGACGGCUCCGCUUGCUCCUGCGUCGCAUAUGUUGGACAAUGUUGUAGAGGCACUGCGGACCCUGCCAGAAGGAAAAGGCAAGAUACCGCAAGUGCGGAAUGUAACAAGCGAUGCACCACUUGGGCUUGACAGCCGGGAUGCCUACGUCUUGCUGCAUGCGAAAAAUGAAGAAAAGACCAUCUGGGAUGCAAGGUAUAUUAGCGAAGAUAGCCAGAAAGGUCUUCGCUCUCAAUUGGAGCAUUGCGUCGCCCAGAUCAAAAUGUUUGAUCCUGACGACGCCGAGCUUUCUGCCGAGUUUUCUCGCUACGGUCGCCUGAUAAAUCAUCGACACUGCCAAGAACUCCUCAACGAUCCAAACGUAGAUGACGUGCUGCAAGGGCGCAAUAUCUAUCGAUACUUCGCCGAAGUAGUCGAAUAUUCUGAGAAAUUUCGCGGGGUGACAAAGCUAGUAGGCAAAGGGAACGAAUCAGCCGGGCGUGUUGUCAAGAAAUAUUCUGCCGAGACUUGGGCCGACACCUUCCUUUGUGACUCCUUCAGCCAAGUGGGUGGGUUUUGGGUGAACUGCAUGACGGACCGGUUGCCAUCGGAUAUCUAUAUCGCCAGUGGGAUGGAACAGUGGAUGCGCACACCGAUAUACGCCGACCCAGAAACACCUCGACCGGAAGUAUGGGAUGUCUUGGCGACACAUGAGCGGUCUGAUGGGUUUUAUACCAGCGAUAUAUUCGUCUUCGAUCCAAAGAGUGGCCGAUUGGUCGAAAUAUUCAUUGGUAUGAAGUACUUUCGUGUGCCCAAGGCGAUGUUCUGCAAGAUCCUUUCCAAGUUGAAUUCGGGCGAAUCCCAGGUCAAAUCCGUUAUACCUGAAAUGACUCCGGCAUUGGCUGUGGAUGGUAAGGAUCAGGCACCAUCAGCAGAUGGAAAACAAAACCAUAAGAAUGCGGACCUGCCUGCACGCAUCAAGUCGGUGGUGGCUGAAUUUUGCGCCGUAGACCCCAGAGAAAUCUGCAACGACAAUAACAUAGCAGAUGCAGGCGUGGAUUCCUUGAUGGCAAUGGAAUUGGCGCGGGAGUUGGAGGAAGCCUUCAACUGCACCAUGUCGGCAACGGAUUUGAUGGAGGCAGAGACAUUCCGUGAGCUUGUCUGUGCAGUGCAGAAAGCGGUGGGAUCAGACAUGAAUAACCAAGAAAGUCUUGACAGCAGCACUACAUCCAACAAUGGUGGCCAAGAUACUGAUUCUGUCGAUGCGCCUUCCGAAUCAAAUACCAGCGCCAGUGCGGACACUCCAGAACUGCAUUUGCCGGAAGACCUUGUUCUGAAGGCGUUUGGUGAGACCAAAGCCUUGACCGAUCAUUUUCUGUCAGAGAAUCACUGCAGUGGGCGCGUCCACAGCUUCAACCCUCUACAAAUGCAGCUCUGCGUCACCCUCACACUAGAGGCGUUCGAGGCUCUAGGCUCAUAUAUACGCACCGCACAGCCAGGCGAGCGUCUAGACCGCAUUUGGCAUGAUCCCCAGCAUCAAGAGUUGGUCGAUUACCUGUACCGACGGUUAGAAGAAGCCCGUCUCGUGGACAUGGAAGGGACAGUCGCGAUCCGUACAAAGGUUUCAUGGACCUACAAGGCCAGUGCCAUCAUUCUGGAAGAUAUUAAUCGUACGUAUCCUGAAUUCGCAGGAGCUAGCAAGCUUGCCUUCUACACAGGCAGCAAGCUGGCUUCUGUCCUUCGUGGUGACCAGGACGGCCUGCAACUCAUCUUCGGAGCCAAAGAGGGACAAGAACUUGUAUCUUGGAUGUAUGGUGAUGAGUCGCACAAUGUCACUGGGUACAAGCAAAUGUUGGAUUUUAUCCACCGCCUGGCGAGCAAACUUGACAGAAGGUCAGGCGGACCACUGAGGAUCCUCGAGAUGGGUGCCGGUACUGGCGGUGGCACCAAGUGGCUGCUUCCAGGUCUCGCUGAACUUGGAAUUGCUGUUGAAUAUACAUUUAGCGAUAUAUCGCUUGCUUUCCUGGCUCAAGCCCGUCGGCGGUUCAAAGAUUACUUAUUUGUGAGAUAUAGAGUGCACGAUAUCGAGAAGGCGCCAGCCGAUGAUCUCGUUGGGACCCAGCACAUCAUUAUCGCGAGCAAUGCUGUGCAUGCGACAUCGAACCUUCAAGUUUCGACGCGUCAUAUGCGAGAUGCAUUACGGCCUGAUGGAGUGGUCAUGAUGCUGGAGAUGACCCAGCCUCAGUUUGCUAUCGACAUAGUGUUUGGACUUUUUCGCGGCUGGUGGGUGUUCAAUGACGGGCGCACUCAUGCUAUUACGAGCGAGCUGCGCUGGGAAACAGAUUUGCAUGCGGUUGGGUACGGUCAUGUCGACUGGACAGAUGGUUAUUCACCAGAAGUAAGCGUUCAACGCGUCAUUUUCGCUACAUGCACGGGAAAACAGAGCGCACGUCUGCCUCUGGGCCCAAAACCAGAAAGCAUAUAUCUUCUCUCGGGAGUUGACUCUGCAGCUCGUAGAAGAACUGCUGAUGGGCAUAUCUGGCGUGCUAUUGAAGGUUUCACCGCGCCUAUACCGGCUGGAAAGAGUAAUCCAGGUUCUAUAGGCGUGCUGGUCACUGGCGCCACAGGAAGCCUGGGUGGUCAUCUCGUUGCACACUUAGCUCGGAUGAAGGAAGUUGGACGCAUUUUCUGUAUCAACAGAAGGGGUGCGGGCCAACCGAUGGAGCGGCAAAGACAAGCUCUGACUGAGCGUGGUAUAAUCCUCACCGCAGACGAAUUGAAUAAAGUUGAAGCUUUCGCAUUGGAAGACGGAGAGACAGUUUUGGGUCUUUCAAGUGAACAGUAUGAAACACUGAAGAGAAAUGUCACGCAUAUUAUCCACAACGCUUGGCCCAUGAACGGAGCGAUGAGCAUAUCGGCCUUCGAAUCGCAGUUCAGGAUGAUGAGAAGCUUGGUUGAUCUAGCUUCUGAGAUAUCUUCUGCCCAUUCGGCUGACGAUCGCAUUGGAUUUCAAUUUAUAUCAUCUAUCGGCACGGUUGGCCACCGACCGUUAUUGGCCGGCGAAGCAACCGUGUUAGAAGAGCACGGCACGAUCGACUGGGCAUUGACAAACGGCUACGCCGAAGCCAAAUUUGUCUGCGAGCAAAUCCUCCAUCGGACCUUGUGUCAUCACCCUGACCGAUUUAACGCAAUGGUAGUAAGACCCGGACAAAUAGCAGGCUCGUCCACGAGUGGAUACUGGAAUGCUGCGGAGCACUUUCCAGCUCUGGUUAAAUCCGCCCAAACACUCAAGAUCCUCCCUUCGUUGGACGGAGUGCUGUCCUGGACACCGGUGGAUGUUGUGGCAGCCACCUUAUCGGACCUCCUCUUGACAGAGAAUCCCCAUCCAGUUUAUCACAUCGAUAAUGCGGCCCGUCAGUCGUGGUCUGAGAUGAUAAUGUUCCUCGCGCCAGAGUUGAACAUUCUACCGGACAACAUUAUUCCAUUUCCCGAAUGGAUUCAGCGAGUCAAAGCAUUCCCCGGAAGCCGUGGAGACAAUCCGGCCAGUGUGAUGGCGGAUUGGUUGAGAGACAACUUUGAGCGCAUGUCGUGCGGGGGACUGUUGCUGGAUACUUCGCGUGCACGCGAAAGGUCACCUUCCCUACGGGCACUGGGCCCGGUGGGUGAGGAGGUGGCGCGUCGGUAUAUUCAAAAAUGGAGGCAAACUGGUUUUCUGCAUCCAUAG